AUGUAUGUGUAUUGUCACGAGGUUAAACACAAACAUAAAACUCAAACUAUAUACAUAUACACCUAUUACGAGAUGAUUGCCAGUACGAUAUUCAAGAGACAAGCUUCAGGUUUCGCUACCCACUCUGUGAAGACAAAUAAAGCGUACCUGUCCUAUUUGACUAUGGGAUUCACCAUUCCAUUUGUCGUUUCAUACUAUUCGACUUAUUCUAGUGCUCAGGAUGAGUUGAAAGGAAGGUCAAAUCCAAGAUUAUAUUUCGGAAGGUUCCUAUGA